AUGGACUCUCACACAGCAGACGUCCAUCCGCACCUUCUGGUGAGGCCUCUCCGCAUCAAAGAGGAAGCGGACGUCGUUGUCAAAAGUGAAGAAGGUGAAAACGAGAAGAGAGGAUCACAAGUAGACAGCCUCUUCGCUCCGCUGCCAGACAGUGAGGACACAUCAUCUUCUGGCGCUGAUGACGAUGGAGAAGAAGACUCAAACAGUGAUCUGAGAUGUCCUGCCUUCAGCUGCUCCGUGUGCGGCGAAGGGUUCUCUCAAAAAGGCAACUUGAGAACACACCGCAGGUCACACGCCGGGGUGAAACCCUUCAGCUGCACCGUUUGCGGCAAGGCCUUCUCCCAGAAGGGGAAUUUGGUGACGCACGCCAGGAAGCACAACGGCGACAAACCGUUCAGCUGCAGGGUGUGCGGCAAACGUUUUUCCGUCAAGGGAAACUUGAACGGAAAUCUCAUGACGCACGUGAGAACGCACACCGGGGACAAACCAUUCUCUUGUUCCACGUGCGACAAAAGUUUUACUUCCAAGGACAGUUUGAAAGCGCACGUCAUCAUGCGCACGGGCCAGAAAGCUUUCUUGUCUUUGCUUUGCGGUAAAGACUUCCCGCUGAGGGCAAAGUUGUUGAAACACACCAGGGUGCACACGGGAGAGCAACCGCUCUGCUGCGGCGUCUGCGGGAAAAGAUUUUCCGCCGAGAGGAGUUUGGUAGCGCACGCGUCGACGCACACCGGAGAGAGACCGUUCGUCUGCGACAUUUGUCACGGAAGGUUCUCGUACAAGUACGACGUCACCAGGCACAAAGUGUGCUGGCCACGAGACUGCAUGAAGAACUUCGCUUACAGCACAGGUGGAAAAAAGUACUAG